ACAGAGCUCUGUUAACAGACCUAAGGUGUGGCCACACUGGCUAGCUAUAUUUUGAUAAGGAACUCGCAAAGAUGCGGAUUUUCUACGGAUUGCUGGCGUUCCUGGUGGCCAGACAGCACGGUGCCCAAGCGAUCCAGGCACGCAGCGACAAGGAGCAGCCACAGACGGUGGUCUCCGGCACGGCGGUGCAGUCGGUGGUGCCCGUUCAGGCGCAACUGGGCUCCGGCAUGGGACCCUCCUCAUCGUCAUCUUCGGCGUCUUCCUCCUCGGGCGGAGCUGGAAACUCGGCCUUCUAUCCACUGGGACCGAAUGUGAUGUGCUCGUUUCUGCCGCGCGACUUCCUCGACUGCAAGGAUCCCGUCGAUCAUCGGGAGAACGCCACGGCGCAGCAGGAAAAGAAAUACGGAUGCCUGAAGUUCGGGGGAUCCACGUACGAGGAGGUGGAGCACGCCAUGGUCUGGUGCACCGUGUUUGCCGACAUCGAGUGCUACGGGAAUCGCACCUUCCUGCGCGCCGGAGUGCCCUGUGUCCGCUACACGGAUCACUACUUUGUGACCACGCUGAUCUACAGCAUGCUGCUGGGUUUCCUCGGUAUGGAUCGCUUCUGUCUCGGGCAAACGGGCACGGCUGUGGGCAAACUGCUUACCAUGGGCGGCGUGGGCGUCUGGUGGAUCAUCGACGUCAUCCUGCUGAUCACCAACAAUUUGCUGCCCGAGGACGGCAGCAAUUGGAAUCCCUAUGUGUAGACGUGUGUGAUAUGCCUCUGUGUCAUAGCUUUAUGUAGUUAAAUAAGAUUAAUCUUUUUCACUGAUUAAUUCGUAGUGUUAGGAAAUUAACUUGCCCCUUAUUUCAUUAUAAAUACCUUUGACUAGUUAAGAUCAAGCUGUAGGGGUUCUAAGUUAUAAAAUCAUUGAAAUUAAUAAUUUCGUACAUAUCUAUUACAUGCAAAGUAAGGACAAAUAAAUAUUUAGAAUUACA